GCACCAAGCGCGACAACUGGGGGAUGAAGUGAAGAGUAUCGCGAACCGAGAGUGAGAAAUCCAAACUCGAAACUGCAUAUGGAUGCUACCGAAUCACUAAAGGAUCCGAUUCCUCUGGAGAACCGACCCGGAAUCUUCAUGAUCGGAUCCUCCAACGUCGGCAAACGGACCCUCCUAUCCCGAUUGCUCUCUGUUGAUUUUGAAGAUGCUUUUGAUUCGGCUUCUGAAGUAAAUGUCCAUGGGUGGACUAUCAACACUAAGUAUUAUACUGCUGAUGUUUCUGUAUGGAUGGCUCAUCUUCGUGAUGAUUUUUCUGUUGGAAACCUACCCUUGUUUCCACAAAUGACUGCUUUGGUGAUGGUUUUUGACAUGAAUGAUUUAUCCACCCUAACUGCACUUCGAGAUUGGGUAUCUCGCACCAAUAUUGGAAACUUUGAGAUAUUACUAUGUAUUGGAAACAAAGUGGACCUGGUUCCUUGUCAUCCAGCUCAUGCUGAAUACAGAAGACGGUUGCUGAAACUUGAGGACUCUGCUGUUGAUCUUUGUUCGGAAUUCUCUGAGUAUGGAAUAUCUGAAUCUGAAGGAACUAGUUUAUUGGGGGAUGAAGAACCAUCAUGGGAUAUCAGAAGGUCCUCCUUGGAAUGGUGCACUGAGCACAAUAUUGAGUUCAUUGAGGCUUGUGCUUCCAACGCUGAUUUUGACAAAUGCUUGUCCAUAGACGGUGAUUUACAUGGAGUUGAACGUCUCUGUGGAGCUCUUUCUGCUCAUAUGUGGCCUGGAAUGGUAUUGAAAUCUGGUGAUAGGAUAAGGCAACCAUCAUUUCCUAAGGAAGAAGAGUUGUCUUCAGAAGAAUCUGAUUAUGAACCGGAGUAUGAAGUUUUAUCCACUGGCUCAGCCAAUCCCUGGGAUGAAACUGAACAAGAAUGUGUUUCUGCAACUUCCUUAGACACAGGCAGGUCUGCUUCUCGAAACAAUAUCAACACAUGUUGUGAACAUGAGGAUGGAAUUAAAUCUGGUAAAGAGUUCCAGCCCACAGCUUCAAGCACUGCAUUUCAGGAUGAGAGUGACAAGGAAGUGGUGCACAAUAUCAUGGAUUCUGAAGGAGAUGGGAAGGAAGACAAUGAUAAAUAUCUUGACUUAGAGGGUUUGGAACAUUUGAUGUCUGAGAUUGGGAAUAUGCGUGCAGGCUUAAGAUUGAUGCCUGAUUUUCAAAGAAGGGAAAUGGCUGCAAAGCUGGCUAUGAAAAUGGCUUCCAUAUUUGGGGGAGAGAGUGAUGAAGAGGAAAUUUAGUUGAUAUAAGAUGUUAGCUCUGUGAGAUUCAGUUUUUAGUGUAAGGAUACUACGAUGAAUGAACCACCAUCACUUGGAAGAAGAGUAGUAACCUUUGUUGCGCAAGGAUCAGGAGUUCCUUCAUUUUUCUGCUCUCUGCUACUCUUGGUCGCUGCUGAACAUGCUUCAAGAUCAAUUACUCCUGUUUUGUCAUGUGCUGUUUAAUAGCCCAUAUAUUGUGAAGCAGAACAUUUUGUUCAAAAAACUGAGUAUGUGUGGGCAUGUUCAUGGUACUUAACAUAGUGGUAGUGUUGUGAAAAACUAAGUUGGCUGACGUGGGCACUUGCUGCGAUUUUGUAAGCGGGAAAAUUGAUUGAAAGGUACAGGCAUGUCAAAAUGUUUUAAUUACAUGGACAACGUGACAAAUAGUCAGCUGGGUGACUAGUUGUUUCUUGAGGGGUAAGGAUAAAAGUUGGCUUAGGCGUCUUUAUUUAUAACUACCCCCUUUAGUAUAUAAUAGAGUGAUCGAAGUAUAUGUAUAUUUGACAGUGAACUUAUGCGUUUUUUGGUAACAACAAAAAACCAACUACUGUGUAGAAGUGUUAGGGAGAAGUUACAAUUACCUUUCUUGAGCUGUUUGUGUUUCUUUUUUUGCUAACAAUGUGGUAAGCGUAGUAUAAUGGUAUUGCUAUCAUUAACUUAGGCAAUAG